CCCUCCGCCACCCCCACCUCACCGGCCCCAAAUUCCGGCCGCCGGAGCGCAGCCCCUCGGCCCAGGCGGCGGCGCAUGCCUCUCCUGCUCGCCCCCAUCUCCACGUGCGCGCCCCCGCCGCGGCCCCGCCUGCGCCGCCUCUCGCCGCCGCCGCCCAUGGUGGCCGUCCUGCCCGCGCCCGCGCCCCCGCCCCGCCCCGUCACGCUCCUCCCCAUCCCCACGCCCCCGCCACUCAACACCGACGCCUUCGACUGGCUCGACCUCUUCGCCUUCCUCAACUCCCCCGCCGACUCCUACCAGAUCCCCCACCCGCCUCCCUCCCCCGCCGACUCCUACCAGAUCCCCCACCCGCCUCCCUCCCCCGCCUCCGCCUCGCCGACGGCCGAGGAGGAGCUGGCGGCGCUCCUCGAGAGGGGGAAGGAGCGGGAGCGGGCCAGGCGGGCGGGCCACCGGCGGCUGCGGCAGCGCCAGGUCAAGGCGGAGACGGAGGCCUGGGCGCGCGCCGCCGAGGAGUACCGCCAGCUCGAGCGCGAGAUGCUCGACCGCCACCUCGCCCCCCAGCUGCCCUACGUCAAGUCGCUCUUCCUCGGCUGGUUCGAGCCGCUGCGCGACGCCGUCGCCCGGGACCAGGACGUGCAGCGCCGCAAGCGGGUCAAGCACGUCUACGCCAAGUACCUGCUCCUGCUCCCCGCCGAGAAGGUCGCCGUCAUCGUCAUGCACAAGAUGAUGGGCCUCCUCAUGUCCAGCAAGGACGGCUGCGGCAGCGUCCGCGUCGUCCAGGCCGCGCACUCCAUUGGCGAGGCCGUCGAGCGCGAGUACAAAGUCCAGGCUUUCUUUCAGAAGACUAGGAGAAAAACUAGGAGCAAAACUGAAAGUGAAAAUGAUCCAGGGUUAGACAAGGAACAGGCAAAAUGCCGGAAACUUGUUAAGAGUUUGGUGAGGAGGCGAAAAUUGACUGAAGCACAGAAGCUUGUGCAACAGGAGAUUGAAUUGGAGGAGUGGGGCACAGAAGCCCAAGUGAAGCUAGGAACUCGCCUGAUUGAAUUGUUGUUGGAUUCGGCAUUUGUGCAGUCACCAGCCGACCAAACACCCGACAGUUCUCCUGAUUUUCGACCCGCAUUUAAGCAUGUAUUGCGAAAGCCUAUUGUAGAAAAUGGGAGACUAAAGAAGAAGCACUUCGUGAUAGAGUGUGAUCCUCUUGUGCAUGAGGGGUUUGAAAGCACUGCUAGACACGUGGAGAUACCCUAUCUUCCUAUGCUGGUACCUCCUACAAAAUGGAAGGGCUAUGAUAAAGGUGGACACCUUUUUCUGCCUUCAUAUGUUAUGCGGACACAUGGUGUGAAGGAUCAGAAGGAAGCCAUCAAGAGUGUUCCAAGAAAACAGCUGAGAAAAGUAUUCGAGGCAUUAGAUAUCCUUGGGGGUACUAAAUGGAGAGUGAAUAGACGAGUACAUGACGUUGUUGAGACUAUUUGGAGUCGUGGUGGGGGUAUUGCAGGACUUGUUGAUAAGGGAAAUAUUCCUCUACCUGAACAACCUGAAACAGAAGACCCAGAUGAAAUCCAGAAAUGGAAGUGGAGCGUAAAGAAGACAAAGAAAGCUAACCGCGAACUGCAUGCUGAGCGAUGCGAUACAGAACUAAAACUCUCUGUUGCUCGUAAAAUGAGAGAGGAGGAUGGCUUCUAUUAUCCUCAUAAUCUAGAUUUCCGUGGUCGUGCAUACCCUAUGCAUCCACAUCUGAGUCACCUAGGUUCAGAUCUAUGCCGAGGUGUUCUAGAGUAUGCUGAAGGGCGGCCACUCGGAAAAUCUGGUCUACGCUGGUUGAAGAUACAUUUGGCUAACAAAUAUGGCGGAGGCAUUGAAAAGCUUUCUCAUGAGAGCAAAUUAACGUUUGUGGAGGAUCAUUUGCCUGAUAUAUUUGAUUCAGCAGCAAAUCCUGUCGAUGGGAACUGUUGGUGGAUUAAUGCUGAGGAUCCAUUUCAAUGUCUAGCUGCAUGCAUGGAUCUUUCUAAUGCCUUAGAAAGUUCAUCACCUCAUGGUGCUGUCUCUCACCUACCUAUUCAUCAGGAUGGUUCAUGCAAUGGGUUACAACACUAUGCCGCUCUUGGAAGAGACUACAUGGGCGCGGCAGCUGUCAACUUGGUUCCUGGAGAGAAACCUGCAGAUAUCUACUCAGAAAUAGCUGCUAGGGUACUGGAUGUUGUACGGGAAGACUCAAUGAAAGAUCCUGCUACUGACCCAAGUGUUCCAUUAGCAAAGGUUUUAGUUGAUGAGGUGGAUAGGAAGCUGGUCAAGCAGACAGUGAUGACGUCAGUUUAUGGUGUCACAUUUAUCGGUGCUCGCCAGCAAAUUAUGAAGAGGCUUCAAGAGAAAGGGCACAUUACAGAUGACAAAUUGCUCUAUGAUGUGUCCUGCUAUGCUACCAGGGUAACUUUGGAUGCACUAGGACAAAUGUUCCAAUCUGCCCGUGCUAUAAUGGCAUGGCUUGGUGACUGUGCAAAGAUGAUUGCUUCAAAAAAUCAACCAGUCAGAUGGACGAGUCCUGUUGGUCUUCCAGUUGUGCAGCCAUACAAGAAAUAUAAAAACUAUAUGAUACGAACUUCUUUGCAAUGUCUGGCUUUACGACGGGAGGGUGAUGCAAUUGCAACCCAACGGCAAAAGGCAGCUUUUCCACCGAAUUUUGUGCAUUCUCUUGAUAGUUCACAUAUGAUGAUGACGGCAAUUACCUGCAAGGAGGCUGGUCUUCAUUUUGCAGGAGUGCACGACUCAUUUUGGGUGCAUGCAUGUGAUGUCGAUAAAAUGAAUCAGAUCUUGAGAGAGCAAUUCGUGGAGCUGUACAGCAUGCCAAUCCUUGAAAACCUAUUGGAAGAGUUUCAGACAUUAUUCCCGACAGUAGAGUUUCCUCCCUGCCCAGCACAGGGGAAUUUUGAUGUGAGAGAAGUUCUCACAUCUACCUAUUUCUUCAACUAAGCUCACCGGGAGAGUUAUAUGUAACAUGUCACGAGCUCUGCGUGGUUGGAUAGCUGAAUUGCCUGAUCAUUAUUCACAAAUCACAACACGAUGGUUGUGCGGCGGCCAGCGGCUGAUGGGCCAAGAAGCUGAGUUUUUCAAAAUCUUUGGCGUGAGAAGCAAUUACAGCAGCAAGCCAUUGCAACUCAGCCUUAUUGGCACACCAGCAAUAGAAGCGUGAAUGGUGUUUUGGCAUCGGCAAAUCAACUCGCUGGACUCUGGACCCAGGAGCAUGCCAAAUGGUUAGCCGAAGCCUGAUCUGAACGAGCCUCAAGUAGUUGAUGCUGAUGAUUUUUUGGUUGACGCAAGAUCUACGAGGAUGUGAAGUUCAGUUCAGGCGCUGGUUACCAUUACUCAGGCCAAGAAGGUAAAUUAUGAAAUAUCAAGUUAUCAAUUGCUGAAGAGUCCAGUCUUGCUGAUGCUGCUGAUUGAAUUUUACCAUAGAUGAGAGUUUGAACCCUAAUUUUACUGUCUAUACGUUUUUUGAUCUCUUAGGAUUUUUGUAGCCGAUGGCUCUGCAUGCGCUGCACCAUCACCAUGUAAUAAUGUGUAGAAUUUGGGCACCGAAUAGAAACCUGAAAAGUGUAUAUGAGAUUCAUAUAGAUGUUGACAUGGAAUAAAAUUGUACAUGAGAAAAGUUUUGACUUGACUA